UCCGCUUCGUCCUCCCUUUCCUGUGAGGCGCGAGCGAAGCGGUGAGGCGGGUGGACGCCGAGUUUCCCGUUUUCGUCGUGCAGACAACGUCACUGCAGAGAUGGUCAAUGUUCCCAAAACCCGAAGGACUUUCUGUAAGAAGUGUGGAAAGCAUCAGCCUCACAAAGUGACCCAGUAUAAGAAGGGCAAGGAUUCCCUUUAUGCCCAGGGAAAGAGGCGCUAUGAUCGGAAGCAGAGUGGCUAUGGUGGGCAGACAAAGCCAAUUUUCCGGAAGAAGGCUAAAACCACAAAGAAGAUUGUGCUGAGGCUUGAAUGCGUUGAACCUAACUGCAGGUCCAAGAGGAUGCUGGCCAUUAAGAGAUGCAAGCAUUUCGAACUGGGAGGAGAUAAGAAGAGAAAAGGCCAAGUGAUCCAGUUCUAAGCUUUGCGAUUUUGAGAGGAAAAUGUUGACGCUGUAGAAGAAUUACGCAUUUGAAAAUAAAUGCAGUGAUACUUUUACUCAAA